GAACAGUUUCCCUUCACAACACAAGUGACCAAAAUGAACUGCAGUCACACGAGGUCCUGGACGCGUUGUACAGCAACCGGAUAGAAAUCUGCAAAGAUGGCUUCAGCAACAGCGACCUAUGGGCAGAAGGAGUCCUCAGACCAGAAUUUUGACUAUAUGUUUAAGAUCCUCAUUAUUGGCAACAGCAGUGUGGGAAAAACCUCCUUCUUGUUCCGCUACGCUGACGACUCUUUCACACCUGCAUUUGUCAGCACGGUGGGGAUCGACUUCAAGGUGAAGACCAUCUACAGGAACGACAAGAGGAUUAAACUACAGAUUUGGGAUACGGCAGGUCAGGAGCGUUACCGCACCAUCACCACGGCUUACUACCGAGGAGCCAUGGGCUUCAUCCUAAUGUAUGACAUCACAAACGAAGAUUCCUUCAACGCCGUGCAGGACUGGUCGACUCAGAUUAAAACGUACUCGUGGGACAACGCUCAGGUGCUGCUGGUGGGAAACAAGUGCGACAUGGAGGACGAACGGGUGGUGAGUGCAGAUAGGGGUCGGCAGCUGUCUGAACACCUUGGUUUCGAGUUCUUUGAGGCCAGUGCAAAGGACAACAUCAAUGUCAAGCAGACUUUUGAGCGCCUCGUCGACAUCAUUUGUGAAAAGAUGUCUGAGAGUCUGGACGCCGGUGACCCUGCGGUUACAGGGGCCAAACAAGGGCCUCAGCUCACAGAGCAGCCCGCCCCUCCUCACCAGGACUGUGCAUGUUAAGACGCAUUCAUUUUUUCAACCCGUUUCUCUCGUCUUUAUUCUUGUCCUUCGUAAGCUGUACCCCAGAUCCUCAGGUCCUUAUUUCAUCCCCCUUUUCUCACCUAUGUUGGUUCAUGGGUUGAUAAUAAACAACACAAGCUGAAAGUUACUGAAAUGCUCUGACGUCCAAACGUUCCAGCGUUUAAAGUGUCUGCCCCUUCAUUCUUUUAUGUAAUAGGGGAAAAAGGUGUUUUUCUCAAAAGACACGCUUAACCAAAGCCAGAGCGACUUCAAUCCAGCCAGAGCAUUUCAGACUCUUUGCAGCUGAGGUGCUGAUGGUUUUACUGUUCCCCAUUGAAGGAUUUGACGGCUGACAUCCUCUGAGUGCCAUUUAAAUCCUUCCAACGUUUACACUAGUUUGUUUCAUAUUGGUUUAGGGAAAGAAAGCCAGCCUGAUCUGGUGAAUGAAAAGGAAGCUGUGGCAUUAGAUAAGAGGGAAAAUGAUCCAUCUAAAAUGAAUUCAAAACCAUUGUGCUGUGCGUCAUGUAAAGCGUUUUAUUUUCUCAUCCAUCUAUAAGGAUAACACUGAAAACCACAAUCUUAGCUAGCUUUCCCCUUUUAGCAUUUUUUAAUCUUAUGUUUUUGCAUUUCUCUUCUAAUCAUAAAUUUUGUGUCAUUCAUUCUACUUUUCAUUUAUUUACUAACACUUGGAGGCAAAGAAAGGAACAACCUAACUGGCAUAAAAAAGCAAAAACCGAAUAGAAACGUAUUCAAUUAUAUUUAUUUAAAAUGUACAUAUAAAUGUUGUGCAAUAUACAUAUAAAUAUAUAUAUAUAUAAAUAAGAUACAAACCAAGAAUGCGCUUCUUGAAAAAAGUUUUAAAAUAAGUUCUUCAAAGGACAGUAUCUAAAACGAGACGUCUGUGUUGUGGUGUUUGUUUGGAUGUGUGCAGGCAGCUUCACGGGGAAGAUUAGAAAUGUUGAAAUGUCCUUUCUUGCCCGGAAAAUUGAAUUUGGAAAUCCAAAUUACAAACUUUACUGUCAUAGACUGUUAUUUAUUCCUGUUAUUUUCCAGUUGCUGAAUCCACACGGUGGGAUUUCCCCUGACUAAAACACAGAAUAACAUCUUUGUGUGACUUAUUUAUUGGAGAAGGUUGUUUGAGCAGUUGCAACGUCAUCAGAAAUGUGUUAAAGUGUCUAAUCAAGGCACCACAAAUUUGCCCUUGUUGUGGCUUUAUUAACAGGUGUAAAAAUGAAAGGAUAUGGGAAAGCCAUUAUGUACCAUACAACAGCUUUAUUGAACUAACUAACAUCACUAGGUUAUUUUUUUAUUUAUUUUUCAUCUUUAAUGCAGGUGACAGCUUCUCACUUGUUGCACAUUGUGGUAUUUUGUUUUUCUCUUAAAACCCCCCCACAAAAGUGAGUAAAGACAGUUUAGGAUAGAAACAGAAUUUGAUAGAGUUAAAUAAAUCAAAACAUAUUGAGACCACUGCAGCGAUUCGCAACAUCAGUUUGAUCAAGCUCAUAACUAGUAUUAUCUUCUUUUUCUGGUGCUCAGCUUUGGCAGGAUAACUAACACAUUAACAUACAUCAGUGUCUCUGUUUUGAACAAAUAUGACAUCUGAAGAAUGGAUCUCAGUUCAUAUUUCUUCAUUUGCAACAUUCAUAGAGGUUAAAACAUCCUGCUUUUUCCCUUUAACUCAUCAGCAAGCAGGAUGAAGCUUUCUCAGAGUCACAGAGCAGCCUCUGCAGGCUCAGUGUGGACCGAAGUUUGUUCACGGCAGAGAUCAAAACAGGAGGGGGUUGACCUGGCUGGCAUCUUGGGUUGAAGCUGGAUAAACAAUGCAGUUACAUUUCAAAGUCACACAGCUCCCCUAACAUGGUACAAAACCAAUUUCUGAACUAAUUUCAAAGUAAUUUCAAGGCAAAAAGAUAAACAGAAUCAGUUUUGCAAGUUUUAUUUAUAAUCAAAGAGUAAUUUUAGAAUUACACAACAUUUAAACCUAAUCUUCUUGGUUUAAGUUCAGUAAAAUAUUAUGAUGAAACAGGCCGAUUGGUGAAAUGGUGGACUUCAUAAAAGCUGGAGGAUUUGACCCUGUGUAUGUUUCUGUUCUUACUGGUUGUGACUGUUUAUUUUCCAGUAAAAACGAGUAAACUGCUCUCCUUUCUAAUAAGUCUUCCUCUCCAUAUAAUCCUGCGCUGUAAAUACUGUAUCUUUGAGUUUAAAUGUGUGGAUUGUGUUGUAUCGAAUCAGGCUUGCAUUAAAAUACAGGAAAAAAGAGAAGAGGUGAGGGGAGGGAGGUGGAAAAGAUGAAAACUCCAAAAUAGCCAUGAUGUACUGUAUCUGCAUUCAUUUCUAGGCCUGCUUGUGAAUGAAUGUGUCACUCAGUUACAAAGCAAUACCCACUGCAGCAAAGCAUACAAAAACAAAUGCCAUCCAGCUUAAUAGAGGUUGCUGACAGUAGAUAUUUUACAAGCACGCAGAAACAUGUAUCCUUAUUUGGUCUCGUAUCACUGCCUCUUCAGAUCCUUACAGUUUGGGCCAUUGAGAUGAGAGGACAUACUGUGGAUGUUUUUAUCUGUAAUUUGUGGUAAACAAUUAAAAAAAAAGCUAAUAAGCA